UAAAUCUCCAAUUGGCUUCGUCGAUCAUCUCAAUGUCAGGAACUCGAAGAAGCUUUUCCUCUACGAAGGGAAGCACCAAGAGAGCAACCCAUGGAUGGAAGAGUCAACCCACUAUCGAACAUCAACGACAUUGAGUUGCAUGAUAUUCUCUUCGACCCAAAUUUCGACCAGUUCAUAAAUCUCGUAAGGGGCGAUCAACCCGUUGACAACCCGGUUCCCGGAUUCGAUUUGGGUUCGGUGAACUCGUGUUUCAUAGAUGAAACCCAGUUUGGUCUGAGACCUGCAGACGAGUUGUUCGACGAAUUGCCUGACUUUGAUUCCCAUGUUGCCGAGUCAUUCCACAGCUUCGAGGGCGAGAGCGCGAAAGCCGGCGAUGAUGAUUACAAUGACUGCGACGAUUCUUCGGCGACGACGACGAAUCUAAAUUCGGGUCGUAAGACGAAGACCGAUCGGUCGAGGACUUUGAUCUCUGAGAGGCGGAGAAGGGGUCGGAUGAAGGAGAAGCUCUACGCAUUGAGGUCUCUGGUUCCUAACAUCACUAAGAUGGACAAGGCCUCCAUAGUUGGGGAUGCUGUGUUGUAUGUGCAAGAGCUGCAAUCACAAGCCAAGAAACUCAAAGCCGAGAUUGCGGGCCUCGAAGCUUCGUUAAACGCCGCUGAGCGAUACCAAGAGAACAUUCCAAAUGCUCAGAAGGACCAUGGUGGUUGCGGCCACAAUCUCCAUGUCUGCAAGAAAAUCACCCAGAUGGAUGUUAUUCAAGUGGAGGAAAAAGGGUUUUAUGUGAGAUUAGAAUGCAACAAAGGAAAAGGUGUUGCUCCAUCACUGUACAAAUCUCUGGAGUCUCUUACAAGUUUUCAUGUUCAGAACUCCAACCUCACCUCUACUUCUGCUGACGGAUAUCUUCUAACAUUUACAUUAGAUGGGACACGUUUUGAACAGAGCCUGAACUUGUCCAACCUGAAGCUGUGGAUAACAGGAUCGCUUCUGAACCAAGGAUUCGAAUUCGUCACUGCAGUGACAUGAAAUCUUGAGUUAACUUACAGAAGCAG